CCCGCCCUUCCUUCCGCCCGCGAGGCGCCGGUGUCGCCAUGAGCCAGCCCGCGCUACAGGGUGGCCGGCGCCUGGAGGCCACGUUCGUGUCGGACGAGGAUGUGCUGCGACACAUCUCGGAGGACGCGGGUGCUAAAGUGAAAAGGGACCGAGCCCCGCACGUACUGGGCCCGAGGAGGCUCGUGAGGAAGCUCGAGAGCAUUUCGGAUGAGGAGGAGCAGGAGGUCCUGGAAGAGCAGAGCUACGUGGCCGUGCUGGGGGCAGGCGCCCAAGAUUCCUGCAGUAAUGGCCCCCGGGCAGGUGGUGGUGAAGUUUACUCCUUCCAGACUCCAAAGCGCUCCGGCAAGAUGGCAGAGCUGGCCUCCGAACUAGCCCAGACCCCAGGGAAAAAUGUAACAUUCAGUCGCUCGAGCAGUCCUGAGAAGAUUACCAGCUCUCCUCCAAGCAACAAAAAGCAUUCUGCUUCAAAUAAAGCCCAGUUGAAGAGUAAAAAGAAUGAAUAUGUAUCCACAACGCCUUACAGGCUCAGGAAGAGACUUGCAGUUCCAGACUUUCAUUCAGAAAGUGAGAGUGAAUAUUCUGCCUCAUGCUCUGAGGAAGAGGAAGAGGCCUCCAAAGAAACCAGUGAUGAAGUAUUGGACCGAAAGACCCCAGCUAAAAGCAGAGUAGUUUCCACCCCAUCUGUGAAGAAAACACCAGCCAAGAAGCUGAAGGGAGAUAAAACUAGCAGCCUGGUGGAAGAGUACUUUGAAGCCCACAGUAGUUCCAGAGUUGUAACCUCUGAUCGAACCCUUCAGAAGCUGCAUAGCAGGAAACUAGAUCAGCAAACUCUGCGUGACCUCUUGAGUAAGGCUCCCCCUACAUUUGGUGCUGAAAUGAAAGAGUUAAGUCAACAGUACGAAUCCCUGUUUUCCAAAUGGAUGUUGCAUUUACACCUGGGGUUCAAUAUUUUGCUUUAUGGACUGGGCUCAAAGAGAGAUUUGUUAGAGAAGUUUCGUACCUCUUUGCUUCAAGAUUCAGUUCACCUUGUGGUCAAUGGUUUCUUCCCCAGCAUCACUGUGAAAUCAGUUCUGAGCUCCAUAACAGAAGAGGUGCUGGACCAUGUGGGGACUUUCCGGAGCCCUCUGGACCAAUUAGACUUCAUUAUGAAAAAAUUUAAAGAAGAUUCUUCCUUGGAGCUCUAUCUCCUCAUCCAUAACUUGGACAGCCAGAUGUUGAGAGGAGACAAAAGCCAACAAAUUCUUGCCCAGUUAUCCUCCCUGCCCAGCGUCUACCUCAUUGCCUCCAUUGAUCACAUCAACGCUCCACUCAUGUGGGAUCAGGCCAAACAAAGCCUCUAUAACUGGCUUUGGUAUGAAACGACCACAUACAGUCCCUAUCUGGAAGAAACAUCCUAUGAAAACUCACUCUUGGUGCAGCAAUCAGGGUCCUUGGCAUUGAGCUCUCUCACACAUGUCCUGCGCAGUCUCACUCCCAAUGCAAGGGGGAUAUUCAGACUGCUGGCCCAGUACCAGCUGGAGAACCAGGAUAAUCCCUCUUACCCAGGGCUCUCCUUCCAAGACUUCUACCAGCAAUGCCGGGAGGCCUUUCUUGUGAACAGUGACCUCACUCUCAGGGCUCAGCUGACAGAAUUCAGGGACCACAAGCUCAUUCGAACCAAGCGGGGAGUCGAUGGAGUGGAGUAUUUAUUAAUUCCUGUAGAAGUUGGAACCUUGAUGGAUUUCUUAGGAAAAGAGGAUGAAGAUGUGUGACACACCUCUCCAAUCCCAAACCAUCUAUGCUAAAUGCUUUCCAGUUGUCUGCACACCAGUCACAUGGAUGGGCUUCCAGUGCAUGAAGAGGCCAAGACUUAGAAUACCUAAGAAACCAAGCUGAACCAGGCGAGUCAAGCGGGGUAGAAUACAAGUAGGCUUGGGAAUUGUGGGUAAUUUGUUAAAUCUUUUACCUGUGCUGGACACUGACAAGAGGACUGAGGUUUUUCCAAACUCCAGAUCUCUAUUGAAAAUUGUGAAUUAGCAGAACUGUAGCCUUUUAAAUGAUUAGUAGUUGGAGAAUCUAAAUGUUUACUUUUCCUGCUUCAUGGAAUGUACAGAAGACUGUGGUGUGUGGUUUGUUUUUUAUUUGCUUGUUUUUACAAAGAACAAGAAUGUCCCCUCCCUGAUAUUCCUGAAAGAUUCCUUCCAAGUAUUACAUACUGAGAGCCAUCCUAGCCUUGAGUUAGAGAAGGAAGAGAGCUAAAACCUUGACAGCUUUUUCCAAGUAUUUUUCAGGCAAUUGGGAUAACUUAAAACUGUUAAUUUCUGUCAGGGUGAAUAACAUCUACUGACGUUUUAUAAGGUUUCUCUUGCAGGUGUGUGUCCAUAAAAUGCCAGUCCUCUAUAGUGCCUUCUAAGAAAACCAGAGACAAACCCUGGAUUUCUUGUACAUAAGGAAAAAUGUGUCUGGCACAAGGUGAACAGGGGAGCAUGUUGGACAUUGUUCAGCCCUUCCUUUUACAUCCUAAAGAAACAAAUAUGGGCAUAAAUGUAACCUUUUCCCCCUUUGUUUGUCACUAUUAGGCCUUGCAGUUCCAUCACCUACAUGAAAUUAUCUGCCAGCCAGACAUCAGAGCCACUUGAACUCUUGGUGCCUAAUUAUAUUGCAUCCAUGUUUAAGAUUUGACCUCUGAGUUACCAAAAAUGUUGAUAAAUAAAUGGCUUUAUUCACUUUU